AUGGAUCCAGCAACCAGACAGCUAGAGAAGAUCUCCGUAUUGUUGGACACUGGAGCAGAAUUAUCCUUCAUAGACGAAAAACUUGCUCAAGAACUUCGUCUACCUUCAAUGGUGGAGACGAAAUUACGACUACACACAUUCGGAUCAGAUGAGGGAAAAGAAAAUAUGUCAAGCAAAGUUCCAUUAGAAGUAUGGAAAGGAGGCUUCGUCAGAAGGCAAAUGGCCGUGCUAAGAGGCGUGGCUAGAUCCGAACGAGUGGCGUGGGUCGCAGGGUCAAGCCACGAGUCGCAAGGCCUCGCCCCGAGGCAAUGUGUCGUGCCUGGUAUUAUGCCCGGUAGUGUAUCUGAUGGUUAUAGUUGCCGUAUUCACUGA